CGUCUGCUGCUCAUCGUUGUUCGCCAUCGCGGAAGAUAUUCGUCGUCGUGGGCGCGUCUCCUAGGUACGGGUGCUGGAUCUUGAAAGGUUUCUCACACCUGAAACCGGCAAAUCGCACAGAGCCCAUGUGCUUUUUGUGACAUGGGUCGGCUCUAUUGUUGACUCGAGCGUUUUGGCAUGGCGUUGUCGUCUCCGACACGCGUGCUGGCAGGCCGUCGCAUGGUGUCAUGGCAAGCACCAAUGCUCAUUGGUCAUUGGACGAAGGCACCACCGUGCCGCGAGCCGAUUUGCAUGAAUAGCUACGCGCUGGGCGCGUGGUACGCUGAAGCUGAAGCUGUAGGACGGACUAGAACAAGAUGUGACUUCUCGCGCCAAAAACGCUUGCUGUCGUCGCCGCGAGCGCGCCACCUGGCGACGAUAGUCCACCUCGGACCAUGAUGUCAUUGCCAUCUUGAGCCUAUUGCAUUCAACAACUCGAAGAGAAGCACGCGCCUCUCGGCAAUAGAAAAGCCCGAGAUCAAUGCCCCUAUUCGCUGAUCUAGGCGCCACAUGCAAUUUCCUGAGAAAACGAAGCAGAAAGUAGAAUAAUCUUGGUGAAGCUCCGCCUCGAAAGAUGCGGGCGGCAAAUUCGCAGCCUUUAAACUGUAACCAACCAGAUGUCUACCGUAGAGACGACAGCGAUUUCCGAUUUUUCAGAAAACCCGCAAAAGACAAAGCCCCAACUUGGAAGCCAUUUGGCCAUUUUCUUCGUCACGCGCAGUUCUCAUCGCGCGCACCGACAGCUUAGACAAAAGAAAACUAUGGGCCAAUCCACGUCUAUCCAGGAAGACAAGAUGAAGAAGCGUAUUCGACAGGCCAUGGGCACGUUCAUGGACUUCGGCACGCACCUGAAGAAUGCGAACGAGUGGGCUCGGAUCUGCACGACGCCCAAGAACUGCUACCUGUCGUUCCGCAUCGUGAUCGACCCGAACGUGUCGGCUGAACUGCUGCCGUAUUUGUGGCGGAUCCACGGUAAUGUGGCUGUCGAGGUGCGGAAGAUGCGGCGUCCCGUGGAAAUGCAGCUGAAUCUGGGCGAGUUCCGCUUGGACAUACCGCGUGACCCAACGUACGAGCCUGAGAACUCCGAGACCAUCGGUCAGGCCAAGACGCUGACUAUCGCUCAGUUCUAUUACAUCUACUGCUUCCUGUCCGACGUUAAGGCGUGUGCCGCACACACCGUACGCUUCCCCGAGAAGACCACCAGUACUGGGGAGACGGACUUUGACGAAACCGAGUGCCAGAUCUGCAUGGACAAGAAGAAACAGGUCGCCUUGCCCUGCGCACAUAGCUUUUGCCUGAACUGCUUCCAGCACUGGAGCACACAGAGCCAAACGUGCCCUAUCUGCCGCGCCAAAUUCAACUGCUCCGAGGGCGACGAACUGUGGCAACUUACUUCGGACGAGGUGGAAGAUCUGGGCUCUUACGCAACAGAUUUGGUGGCUCGGAUCUACGAGUAUCUGGACAAGCGCGACAGGUCGAAACACACGGAAGAAGACAUCAAGAGAUCCGCGGAGCUUUACGCAGCCGCGCUUGCUGUAAAGCAGACGCCACUGCGCAAGUUUGUGCAUACAGACCUGUUCCCGACGGCGCUGCCGCUGGGAUUCCCGUCGAUCUUGCGCAGUGGAAUUCGUCUCGCGACAGAAUUCGACUCAGAUCUGAUGUUGGCGCUCGAGUUGGCGUCGGGUGAGGACCAGUACGCGGCGAUGCAGCACUUUGAGCAACUUCAGCGGGACCAAAUGCUCGCAGUAACGAUGGCCAUGCAGGCGGAGGCUGAAGAGAGUCCGGACGAGUCGUGACGGAGAGCGGGUCUUAUUUAUCGAGAAGAGAAGGAAGUAUCAUAUUGCGGAGCUAAUGCGGUCACUAUUCGGUGACUGCAACAACAGGGUGGACAGGACGGAAUGUCGAAUAGGGAAUCCAAAACAGGCGGGCUAGGCUCUCGUCGAGAAGAGUAGGUAGCAUUAGGAAGUAAAUCACUAGCUUUAUGUCUGUGAAGUGUUAAUGCACGUAGUUUGUUUGCCGGUGAAA